UGGAUGGCGGUGACGGUAUGGGCCGAGUGGCUGUGUCAGUGGCGGGGAUGUGAGCGGCGUUUAUCGGCUGUGGGUGAACAGGAAGGAGGGUAGCUUGGCCCAUCGGGACCAUGCAGUCUGUGCUGGCUUAUGGCCGCCUAGUGGCCCGGGCUGUUCUGGGAGGCGGCGUGAGGCAGACGGAAAGGCGGGAAUACCGGCUCAUCACCGUCAGCUGCGGCUUCGGCAAGGACCUCCGCAAGGGCAGCGGCUACGGAGACGAUGCCUGCUUCGUGGCCGCACACCGGCUGGCAGAUGUACUGGGGGUAGCAGAUGGCGUCGGAGGAUGGUGGGACUAUGGUGUGGACCCAUCCCAAUUUUCCACUACACUGAUGCAAACAUGUGAGCGACUUGUUCAAGAGGGACUGUUUGUACCCAGCAACCCUGUGGGUAUCCUGACAGCUAGUUACAACGAAAUGCUACAGAACAAGGCUCCAUUACUGGGUAGCAGUACUGCUUGUCUUGUAAUUCUGGACAGACAGAAACGCUGUUUGUACACUGCUAACUUGGGAGACUCGGGCUUCCUCAUAGUGCGUGAUGGGAAGAUCAUACACAGGUCAGAUGAGCAACAGCAUUACUUCAACACUCCCUUUCAGCUGGCAAUCGCACCCCCUGAGGCCCAAGAUUCAAUUCUCAAUGAUAGCCCUGAAGCAGCAGAAGGUUCCAUGUUCAAUGUAGAAGUGGGUGACAUCAUUCUAACGGCAACAGAUGGGCUCUUUGACAACAUGUCAGACUACAUGAUCUUACAGCAGUUACAAAAAUUGAAGGACUCAAGUUACCAGAGUUUGAAUGAAACAGUAAAAUGUUUAGCCAAACGGGCACAACAGUUGGCAUAUGACCCAAACUAUAUGUCUCCCUUCGCACAGCAUGCCUGUGAAAAUGGGCUCAACGUCAAAGGUGGAAAACCAGAUGACAUCACUGUGCUAUUAUCAGUUGUGACUGAGAGCAAAGAAUGAAGAGAAGUCUUACCUCAUUGACUCCGAGCUCCAAGCUGACACACCUCAAAGGGUGGCAACCCUGAAUCCCACAAAUCUCUGCUGGGGCAUCCUGUCAGAAGUGACUUUUGAUCUAUGCAGAUUACCACAUUCAAAGAAUUCAAGUGGUUGAAAUAUUAGGUGAAUGGUUGAUCUAUUCAAUCCUGUAGUUUGGGACAAUUACAUUUUGCCCUUUCUUGCUUUUCACAAUCUGUGGAGGCUUUGUAAAAUAACUUGAGAUUUUUAAGAACUCUACAUCUUACAUUAGUCUCUGUCCCAUUGCAGAUAUCUCCACCCCUUUCUAUUUGGCCAUUAAAGACUGAAGAUAACUAUCUAGUUUUCUUGAAGAAUUUUGAUGCCUUGAGCGACUCAUGGAAACUUAGUCAGCUAUAAGAUUUUUAAAAAACUUUUGUCGAGCAAAUACAUUAGCAUAUUGGUCCAAUUACAAUUUACAAAAAAGUUAAUUACAAAAAGUUGUUUUUUGUCCAGUCAUAAGUUUGAGUAAAAUGCAAAGUCCCAUAUGAAUGAUAUGGGAGGCUCAUACCCUUUUUCCAAAUCCUUUGUCACAAUAGUCAUUGAAAGGUGUCAGUUUUUGGACUAGACUUUCUGAGAAAGGGAAUGCAAGUUGACUGAAAAGAGAAGUUGUCAUUUUUAUACAAGAGAAUUAUUGAAUUUUCAAACCCAAAUGCAGGGUGCAAUUUUGACAAAAAGGUGGUUUUCUGCACUAGGUGCCUGCUGGAACAUGUUUCCAGAAAUGAACUCUUUCAAGUCUGGCAGCCAUUACGGUGCCUGAUAAUCCAUUGUACUGAGAAACAGACCAGUUGUAGAAUCUUCAUAGUGUAUCAGCAUGGCUGCUACUGCAUUUACACCUCUUCAAAUAAAAAUGCAUAGUGACUACCUGCUCUCUAUGCAAUGGACUGUUCUGAUCCAAAGGUUUUUAAUAGACCUGAUUUGUGGGCAAUCUAUUUCGAUUUCAUUGAGUUAAACCACUGUUAGAUUUGUGAUAAUAAUUGGUUUGUGUGUCACUACGGAAUCAUCAUGCUGUGAACAAUGUGUGGAACAGCACACUGAGUGUUUAAAUGUCUGCAUACACCUGAAAUCAACAAAAUCGAUUGUGCAGGAGAUCUGUGAUCCUUCACCUUAAAUAUCACGUGGCAUGUGACCAAUCCUGUACCAGUUAUUUAACCACUGAAUAAGAGACACAACCCCAGCAGAGAUCAUUGAAAUGUGAAACCUGCUUGCUGAAAUUAUUGAAUUUAUUUGUAAUGGUCAGUUCAGAAGUUUCGGUUGUACUGGUGGGUUGUGCCAUAUCCUUAAUCGCAUUCUUUCAAACUUAUUAUAGUCUGUUUAUAUUUGACCUAUUUUUCUAAAUUGGGUAUUGUGGCUUCAUUAUGCUUUGUAUCUCUUCCAAGCUAGCCAUUUGACCAUUCAGCAUUUUUAAAAAGAAUUUAAAAUGAAUGGAAGCUACUGGGUAAUCUUUGUGGCCUAUGCUUAUAUUAUUGAUACUAUAAUUGCUGUGAAUUCUUCCAACCCUGUCUUGAAACUAUUUUAAUGUUUUCCUACAGCAGGGAUAAUUGGUAACAUAUUGUGGGAGUUAUGCCAAUGUUGCUGUAUGCUAAAUAUAGACAUGCUCUUCCAUGGAUGUGGAAUAAUCACCUAUUUAACCUUUAGUAGUGCCUUCUGGAGAUCAGCAUCUACGGAAUGUGAUCUAUUGAUUAUUCACUGAGUAGACUAACUGCUUCUCUCUUGUGGAUUCAGCUUUCCUGUAUAUGAUGUCUUCUGAUUGUUGAUAUCAAAAGUCCUGAUCACUAGUAUAUUUCAUGUUAAUUUGUGUUUGUCUGCCAGUUAAACACAACUGCUGUUUUGUUAUUGUUGAUGCCAAAGGAUAAAUUGUCACUGAAAGAUGCAGUCAA